CGGGCGAGGGGCGGCCCGGAGCCCGGCGCAGCGGCACCGGGAGCAGCAGCAGCCCGCGCCCCGCCGCCGGCGGCUGCUCAAGCGGCGGCGGAGGCAGGUGCGGGCGCUUCCGCGUCGCGCUGCGAGGAAGAGCAGGAGGAGAAGGAGGAGGCGGCGGCGAGAGCGGGCGGGCGGCGCGGCCAGCGGCUCGGAGCCGGGCCGGCGUGCCCGUGGGCGUGCUCCCCGGCGGGGAGGACCGCCCGCCGCCCACAUCCCCACCGCCGUCGCCGCUAACUUUGCUUGUCCGCAAAGAGCCACCCUCCGGCAGACAGAGGGUCGGCGGAGCCGGGGUCCGAGCCGGCCCCCGCGAUGAAGGGCCGGCGACGGUGGCGAGGCGAACAUCGCCGCUUCGCAGCGGUGCUGGUGCUGUACACGCUGCUGCUGCUCCUGCUGGUGCCCUACGCGCUGGACUACGGGGCCAGGCGCGGGCGAACAGACGAGGAGCCGCUGCUGCGGCGCUGCCCAAGCCUGGAGGAGGCGCUGAGUGAGUGGGGCUGGGAGCAGCGGCCGCCGCUGGACGAGGAAGAGGAGGAGGAUGAGGCGGGCACGGCCGGGGUGGCGGGUAACGGCAGCGCGGGGACGACGGGGAAGCGGCACAUCUACCUGCACGCUACCUGGCGAACGGGCUCCUCUUUCCUCGGGGAGCUCUUCAAUCAGCACCCCGACGUCUUCUACCUGUACGAGCCCAUGUGGCACCUUUGGCAGGCGCUCUACCCGGGGGACGCGCUGAGCCUACAGGGAGCCCUCCGCGACAUGCUGCGCGCCCUCUUCCGAUGCGACUUCUCCGUCCUGCGCCUCUACGCCGCCCCGUCCGGCCCCCGCGACCCGCUGGCCCCCGCCCCGCCCGCCGCCGCCAACCUCACCACGGCCAGCAUCUUCGGCUGGCGGACCAACAAGGUGAUCUGCUCGCCGCCGCUCUGCCCCGCCGCCCCGCGGCCCCGCGGGGAGAUCGGGCUCGUCGACGGCGCCGCCUGCGAGGAGACGUGUCCGCCGCGGGCGCUGCGGGAGCUGGAGGCCGAGUGCCGCAAGUACCCGGUGGUGGUCAUCAAGGACGUGCGGCUGCUGGAGCUGGGCGCGCUGCUGCCGCUGCUGCGGGAGCCCGGCCUCAACCUGCGGGUGGUGCAGCUCUUCCGCGACCCCCGCGCCGUCCACAACUCCCGGCUGAAGGCGCGGCAGGCGCUGCUGCGGGAGAGCGUCCAGGUGCUGCGCAGCCGCCACCGCGCCGAGCCGCGGGGCCCGGCCCGCCACCAGCAGCAGCAUCUCCUGCUGCCGCCCGGGCUGCUGGGCGGCGGGCGGGCGCCGCAGCCGCAGCACCGCGCCGAGUUCUUCCUCGGCGGCGCGCUGGAGGUGAUCUGCCAGGCUUGGCUCCGCGAUCUCCUCCUGGCCCGGCGCGCCCCGGGCUGGCUCCGCCGCCGCUACACGCAGCUGCGCUACGAGGACCUGGUGCGAGAGCCCCGCGCCGAGCUGCGCCGCCUGCUGCGGUUCGCCGGGCUGACGGUGCCGCCCGCCCUGGAGAACUUCGUGCUCAACAUGACCCGCGGCGCCGCCUACUCCUCCGACCGGCCCUUCCUCAUCUCCGCCCGCGACGCGCGGGAGGCCGUUCACGCCUGGCGGGAGCGCCUGAGCCGCCAGCAGGUGCGGCAGGUUGAGGCGGCGUGCGGAGAGGCCAUGAGCAUUCUCGCCUACCCCCUCAGCGCCGGCGACGCCCGGUAGAGCCCGAGCCCCGCGUCCCGGACGGGCCCGAGGGCAGACGGACGGACGGACGGACGGACGGAGGGACGGGCGGGCGCCGUCGGGCAGAGCUGAGCGCGGGGGUCACCGCUGGCAUGGUAGCCGCCCACUUGGUGGGCCGGGCGCUCCCUCGGGGGCAGCCCCGGCUGAGGGACACCCGCCUCGCCUCGGGUACAGGCAGCGCGGCAGGGUCCAGGCCCCCCGGCCCGCUGCGGCUUCAGUGUGGCUGUGUUCCUUCUGGGCUGCGUGGAGAGGGCAGGCGGGAUGUUUUAUUUACGAGAAGGGUUUGGUGAGAGGUGUCCUCCGAGUACGGCAUCACUCUUGGAGCCCUUUCAGCGUGAAACCAUGAUUUGUGUACAAAGCACAGGUAUGCUACAAACAAACUGCAUGAAAAUUUUAAAAUCCCCCAGGUGAAGCCUCUCAGCAAGGAACUAGAGGGCCUGGAAGGUGCUCCUGUGAGAGCAUUGCCCUUCUGGAGGUCUGAAGCAUGCUGGCCUCUGUCCUACUGCUACUGAAACACAGGAGGCUUCUGUGAAGUCUCUGCAGAGGUCAGUGACCAGCCAGGACAGUGCCUGCUGCAGGGCAGGACUCAGCUCUCCUGCUCCAAACCUGCUCUGCAGGGUCUCUGCCCGUGUUGGUUGCUGGUGCUGUAGGGAGGGGGCUGAGGGAAGGGGAACCGUGUCCAUCGUUCAGAGCAGCAGGGUAAGCAGUCGUGCAGAGAGGGUAAGCAUUCACCUGCUUAUGUGUUUUGAAGAUGUUUAUGGCAGAAAUCUGCUUUUCUAAAGAAAUCUGUAAUUGUUUUGAAAGUAGGAUUUUUUUUAAUGUACAUGUAUUGAUACACUUUGGUGAUACUCAUGUAAGAUACAGGUGACUAAUAUAUUUCUUUGGAACACAUGUAGGGAUGAAUGAAACUGGAAGGCAAAUGCUUGAUAUUUCUGUUUUGUUUUCUCUGUCAAAUGAGAGAAUCACUUUUCUUCCCUCGCUUCCGGGCUUGACACACUGUGCCGUGCAUAGGGUCCUCCUGAUCACAUCCCUUCCAAACAAUAACAUCCUCUCAGCUGGCAACUCCUGGAAAAAAAGCAAAUGUUUCCUAAGAGGCUAAGACAAAUUAAUAAUGAAGUUCCCAAAUAAAACCUUUUCUUAAAAAACAAACAAACAAAUGAAACAAACAAAAAAAAACCCUGAAGUUUUAUUUUGGAUUUUAAAAUUACAUGUUCCUGCAGAUAUCCUGCAACUUAUGUGAGAAGAGGGUGUGUAUGUAUCUGCGAGUACCUUUGUUUCUUAAUUUCUUGAUGUGGGGAUAGAAGGUUCAGUUGUAAUUUAGGGAUGCAGUUUCAUAACUUCAUGGAGACUGCUUUUGAAUCCAUUACAGUCUGGUAGUCUUUAAAUGGCCCCACAAGAGUGUACAGGAUUAUAGGGAUGUUUACAUGCAGUCCUCAAAUACAAACCCAGAAUAUGAGUUUCAAAUUGAGGAUAAUCCAGGAUCAGGAAGAAAGUGGUAUUUAUAUAAAGUGCUGAAAAUAAAGGCAGUUCAAAGAUGUUAUCAUGGAGGAGGUGUUUGAAUUGCACUGUACGUUUUUGUGCUCUGAGUGUUAUGCUGUACAGCAUGUCAGUAAGUUAGGAUGAACCUUCAUUUAUUUUAGCUCUUUUUUUUUUCCCUUUAUCUUCCCAUCUGAGAGUAUGUUGGCACAAGAAGCAGGUUUCUUUCAUUAUCUGACAGGAAAAUGUAGUCAUAAAAAUAUUUUGGAACAAAUCUAUUCAUUUCCCAGUAGCACACUUCAUACAGUUUUGCAUCCUUGGGCUUCUGCUUGAAGUAAGAAUUACAGGGUCUCAUUUUGUGCUGGAACAACCUUGUGUAUUAUCUAAGGAUAUUUCUGCGUUCUCUCACAGUGUCUGUGACACCAAAAUUUGUCUCUGGGUGUUCCAGUGGCAUUUAAUAAUGGUAUUUGUAGAGAUAGACAAUACCUGUACUAAUGCCUUGAUAACCUAUGUCAGGUAACCUAUUUUGGAAGGCUUUUCUGGGACUACACCCAGCCUGGCUUGUACCGACAGGUUUGGAAAGAAAAUAAGAUUUUUGUGCAUACCAAAAGAUGAUACGGUACUUAUUUUCUUAAAUCAGAUGGGAGAUUAAAAUCCAGUAUAUCCUGUUUAUUUGUUCUUAGCAAGUUGCAGUCACAGAAUUGUCUGAUGCAACUGUUAAGCAUUCUCCUCACCUUGACAGGGAAUCUCAUCAUGCUGUUUCAGGUGGUAAAUAUCUUUCAUACGUUUUUCAAAAUCCACACGUAGUUUCACUUAAAUGGUUCAUCAUGAUGAGGAAAGAAGUGUUGACAUCUAGCUUAACUUGAUUCUUAUAGCUGGGAGGAAGUCCACUUAUCGGAAAUUAUUUAGUCUUUUCUGAAGCUGUUUCCAUGUUUGAGCUGCAAAGUGCUGAAAGGCCUAGAGGGGAAGCUGUGUGAGGAGCAUCUGAGGGCACUUGGUUUGUUCAGUCUGGAGGAGACUGAGGGGAGACCUAAUUGCAGUCUACAGCUUCCUGAUGAGCUGAAGUGGAGGGACAGGCAGUGAUCUCUUCUCUGUGGUGACCAGUGACAGGACCCAAGGGACUGGCCUGAAGUCCGGGGAGGUUCAGGUUGGAUAUUAGGAAAAGGUUCUUCACUCAGAGGGUGGUUGGGCACUGGAACAGCUCCUCAGGGAAGUGGUCACGGCACCAGCCUGAUAGAGCUCAAGAAGUUUUUGGAAAAUGCUCUGGGCACAUUGUGUGAUUCUUGGGGCUGUCCUGUGCAGGGCCAGGAGUUGGACUUUGAUGAUCCUUGUGGGUCUCUUCCAACUCAGGAUAUUCUACGAUAGAUGCAUUUUCUGUAUCAAUAAUUAUUUCUGUCAACAAAAGUUGUUCACUAGCCUGAUUGCUCCCCGUAAGUGAUUAUUUUAAUUUUUUAAUUUUUGUAUAGUGUGAAAAGGGCUCCACUGGGCAAAGUGUACAAAAUAUAGCAAGUGCAAUUUGUGAUUUGUAUUCAGUGCACCUGAGUUCAUUAUAAAACUCUUCUAAAAAAAGCAUAGGGAAUAUCCAAAGCUGAGAAAGGAGCAAGUAGCCCAGAGUGACAUCUUAGAACAGGAUGUGCAAGAGCAUAUAAGGCUGGAUGGCCAUUGCUUAAUUACUGAUGGUGUGACAUGUGCACUUCAGUCACUAGAAGGUUUUCCAAAAUUCUCCUGCCCAAGGGGGACAACUAAGGCUCACCAACAAAUGCAUCCCAUUUUUCUCUUCAGGGUGUUUUGGUGGCAUUGGACAGCAUCAUUCAGGGUGCUUACAGCAUGUAUUUGGUCUUGAAACUCAGGCCUUAAAGAAAAAGCAAAUGUACUGUCAAAUGUUGCUGUUGGUAUUUACCUGAAAAGACAGAAACAGGCCUGAUUAGGAUAACCAGCAUGGAGUUUCAGUGGCAGAGAUCUUUGGAAGCAACCAGAACUUGCUGUAAGCAGGCCACUCAUAGUUAGACUGCAUUUUGAGAGCAGCUGGACAUUUAUGGCUUGGGCAUUUUGAAGUGAAGUCACUUUUCUACUGGCUGAUGUAGAAAAUUGAACUGUAACUGCUGUUUUAGAGCAGGGCAUGGCAUGGUAAGCAAGGGAAACAGUAAACACAUUCUUACAGCCAACCUGAACUUGGAAGGCUUAGAGUGCAGGGCUGAUCCGUAGAGUUUUAGUAUUUCAGACUGAGAUUGGUGAAAAGUACCUACUUGUGCUACAUUACAUACAAUGAAUUAACAAGUUUAAUUUAUUAAAAAGUCGUAGUGGGAAAUGGGUAUAAAACUGACAGAUGCUCACAGGACAUUUCUGUUGUCACACGUCCGACUUAAGGGAGGUAGAAGCUUGAGUACUGUAGUUAUUCAUAAAAGGCUGGGAUAUUUCCAUGCCGUAAUUGUUAAUUGGUCUUCUACAACAUCAUAUCUGUAUUUAAAUGGUUUCUUUCAGGGAGGCAAACUGUAGUGACAUACUUGUGGGAAAUGAUCAAAAUCCAGGGCCAAGAAAUACUUAGCCCCUGCCUUAUUUUUACUCCUUAGGAUAUUACUGAUGGAGUCCUUGUAGAUAUCCACGGUACGUACUUGCAUACUGCAGGUACAAUAGAAAUAGCUUAGUAUCAGUUGCAGUAUCUAACAGAAGUGUUAGAAUGGUUGUAGAGUUACUUAUUUCACAACUUAAGUAUUGCAUGAGUCAUUUUAGCCCCCUCCCCCCAUCAGUCUGGGCAUCAAGAAAAGUCCUGAGUUUCUGCAUUAAGUUCUCAGUAUCACCACUUUCAGUAAAGCUCAAUGAUAAAAAAAACUGCAGAGUUUCUGGGUUUGUUAUGGUAACAGAAUUAAACAACUGAAACUCUGUGAGCCAGCAAGCCCGACAGCAUGUUCUGUUCCUUUCUUGAACACAGAAAGCUGUCACUGGUACUCUCUGAUGGUGCAUGUCAUUUCUCAGAGUCACCAUGCAAUCCAUGCAGCACUGGCACUACCUUAGAUGUUGUUUUGUCUUUCCUAUUUAACUUGACAUGACUCCUACGACCAUGAAGAAUGACAUGGGAGAAAUAUGAUUUGUCAAACCUUGCAUUAGCAGUUUUCAGCACCCCACUGGCAGUGUGUGUGUGUGAGUGAUGGGCCAGGUCCAGGCUGUCCUUCUCUUGGCUGUGGUUUAAAGAGAUGAAUGCGAGAUCUAGACACAUUGAGGUGGUGGGUUUCAGUGAUGAAGGGGCCUGUUGUUUGUUGGUGAGACACAUAUCUGGCAGUCUCAGCUCUGAACAACAGGCUGGAAGCUGAUUAACAUUUUAGAACUUGCAUUCUAGAUAUUGAGUACUGUGAAAUUCUUGCUUCCAGCACUGAGAUGUUAAAUUCUGCUGCUAACUUAGGGCAUCUGCAGUGCCAUUUCUUGUUGCUGUUAAGUGGGAAUCCAGUCUUUCCCUGGAUUAAAAAAAAAGAAAGUUUUUCCAAACUUUUUGCCCGUUUCUAAAUGUCCAGUUUUGCCAAACUUCAACUGUACAUAGGCUGAAGCUUUUCAUCAUGGGCAUAAGGUUUACGUCUCUUGAGGGAAUUUCAGUCAAAACAGUGCAUAUUCUUUUGAUCUUAGAAUGUGGUGGUCUUUUGCCUGUGUUCAAAUAUUCUCAAAGAUAUUUCUUUGAAAUCAUUUGUCACUUCAGUGACUUUCGGGAUAGGAACUCCAGUUUGGGUAGGGGAAAUGACCUCUGUGUAGAGGAUGUUCCCUGUGGGUUUUUUUUACCUCUGCUUUCUAUUCUGAUUUGGCCAAAUAUAUUAAUGUUUGUAUAAAAUGGAUAGCACGUGUUCAGUAAAAGUGGUUUUGGUAUGUGUGUGUAUCUUUAUUUUACACCAAAUAAAAGCUGCAUUGGUUUUAUCUCCA